AUGAUAUUCCCUUCCGAAAGAUAUCAGCCAGAAGAAAAAUAUCUAGCUAAUGCUUCUGACAUUAAUUCUAAUGCUAAGUUCUUAAUUUGCAUAAUUGAAUACGAGAAUGACACAACUUUGGAAAUAAAGGAAGAAAUCAUCGAAGGUCAAGAGAUAGUUGCAGGUCCGACGUAUGAUAAAAAAUAUGAUAUAAAUUUACAUUCCGCACAUAUUAGUGAAGCUAAUAUUUAUGGUGGUAGAAACAAGUUGCCGACCCGUGAGAAACGGAAAGUUCCGGAAUCGAAACUAGAAAAGCAUCACAAACGCGAGAAGCAAUUCCUCUAUUUUCUAUUUGGAAAAUGUAUAGAUAUAACAGAAGGCGUAAAUUACACAGCUUCACAAAAAAAAAAACGAUUGGAUCGGGGAAAGCAUCUACUCUCAGAAGUUUCUGGGAUCGCUGAAUCUGGGUCCAUGGUCAGAUUGACCCCAUCAGGUCAGAACCAAGGUCAAGUGAAGGUCAAAAUGAGAAAAAAACUAUGGAAUCAACGUGUGCCACUACUUCAAGAUGUUUUUGGAGUUGGUCAGCAGAGCACUUCAAGUAGCACCAAGAAUUUCAAGACUGAUUCGAAGAAAUCAACAGCAAGAAAGGAUAGUGAACUACAUACUGUUCGUCCCUCUGGUCACUUUUUGGGAUUUGAAACAGUGUUUGUCAAACCCGAAAGUGAAACGCACAGUCUUAUUUGUGAAGGAAAUCCAUUAGACGUAAAGUCUAUGGCUACUAAAACUUCUUCUUCCAAUUCUGAUGAUAAGACGUCGACUUAUAUUAUUGAAUAUGACCCUGACACAUCUUUGGAUAUAAAGGAAGAAAUCAUCGAAGUUCAAGAGACAAUCGCAGGGCAGAAAUGUGAUGAAAAAUAUGAGACUAAAUUAAGAGUAACUGAUGUUUGUGAUGCUAAGAAAAAGUUGUUGACCCGUGAGAAGCAGACAAUUCAGAAAUCGAAACUGGAAAAUAAAUACACAUGUAAGAAGUGUGCACGAACCUAUAAAAGAAAAGCUCUGUUGAAUCGUCAUCAAAAAUUCGAAUGCAAUGUCAUACCGCAGUUCGGAUGUGACUUAUGCGACAAACGGUUUAAGCGGAAUGUGCACCUUCGACAGCAUAUAGUUCGCGUACAUGAUAAAACCAACAUAAAGGCAUUACAAAGAAAAUAUAAUUGUAACAAAUGUUCUCGAAGUUACAGUUCCUCAGAUUCAUUAACUUUUCAUAUACGCUUAGAACAUGCGGCAGUCAAACCACAAUUUAUUUGCGAUAUUUGUGGUUACAAAACUAAACGCAAACCUAGCUUGUCAAGACAUAUUUUGGCUCAACAUCUCGGCUUUGCAAAAUCAAAAUACAGCCAGCAGAGUACUUCAAGUAGCCCCAAGAAUUCUGAUGACAAGUCUUUGACUUGCAUGAUUGAAUAUGAACAUGCCACAACUUUGGAAAUAAAGGAAGAACUCGUCGAAGGUCAAGAGACAGUUGCAGGCCAGAAACGUGAUGAAAAAUAUGAGACAAAAUUGCAUGCCCUACAUAUAAGGCAGGCUGAUAUUUGUGGUGCUAAGAAAAAGUUGCCUACCCGUAAGAAACAGAAAGUUCAGGAAUCGCAAAUAGAAAAGAAUUAUAAAUGCGAAAAGUGUGCGCGAAGCUAUGAAAAUAAAUCUCGUUUGAUUCGCCAUAAAAAAUUCGAAUGCGACAUCCUACCGAAGUUCAAAUGUGACUUCUGCGACAAACGAUUUAAACUGUAUCCUAACCUUCAGCGUCAUAUAUUUCAGGUGCAUCAGCAAACUAACUUCGAGCCACCGCAAAAGAAGUAUGAUUGCGACAAAUGUUCUCGAAGUUACAAAUGGUCAAGUGAUUUAAAUCGACAUAAACGUUUAGAUCAUGAAGGAGUCAAACGACAAUUUAUAUGCGCUUAUUGUUCUUGGAAAUCGAAACAAAAAGCUCAUUUGUCACAGCAUAUUAUUUCAAAACAUCUCAAUAUUCUAUAAUUAUUACGUUCAUGAAACUUGAAUCCUUGGGGAAUUCCGCACACCAAUUGCAAUAAAUCUUUCGCAUCAUAAUAAGUUCUUGUAUGGUGUCGAAUGGGGUAAGUUCGGGCAUGUGGGGUAAAUUGGGACACCCCUUAAUGCCUUAAAUUGUUGGGAUAAAUUUCUGAACACUGUUGCACAAAUCUGGAAUCAGUUCAAGCCUGACCUGGUUCUAGAUUCUGGAUAAAACCUUAAAUACAGUCAAACCUGGAUUUAGUAAUCCUCCAUCUAAUGUUUUCGAGAACUGACGCGGCGCGGUGGGGAUAGGUGAAAGGCGCUGAGGAAGGAUGUACGGUGCUCACUCAAGCGUAAAAAAAAGAAAGAGAAAUAAGAAAGAGAAAAAACAGUAGAGAGACCAAAUAUUUCAGAGAUUCUGGAUUUAAUGUUACGCUGACGCUCAGCCCCAAAAUUGACACUAAAUCCAGAUUUGACUGUAAUUUAAAAUUUAAACUAUCAAUUUCGGAUUUGCAAAGUUAGCCUUCUUUCCGAAAUUACCCCAUUUGAUGGUACUUUAAACUUUAUUUUCUGAAAAUUAGCACACAAUAUUCUAUUUUACUUCAUAUAAUCUCCAAAAUAGCAAGUUGACGUAGAUUUUAUAAUCAGGUACUUUGGUUAAAUAUAUAAUUUGUUAUUAUGUGUGUGGCUUCUUUGGGGAAAAGGUAGAUAUGAGAACGUUUUACUUUUCUAACAAUUUCUUUUUGACUUAGUUGCAAAUAAUACAACU